CUUAGCCGCCGUUACUAAAAAGUAUUGUGCGAGGAAUGCAUAGACUUGUAGGCCCGGGGCGGGACACAAGGAGUUAAGCAUGUACAUGUCAUUGAGGAGCCGUUGACCUCUCUCCUGUGUACGGUAACGUGUGUCACGUCUAGGAAGGUCGUCUCCGAGCUGAACGAUGGGGUCCUUUUUCUCCAAAAGUAUGGAUGAAAACCUAAAGAAACAGCAAGAAUUUAUGCUGAUGAACUCACAGCUUCAGUUGGAGAGACAGAUCCUGAUGCAGAAUCAGAUGCGGGAGAGGCAGAUGGCCAUGCAGAUUGCCUGGAGUCGGGAAUGUCUUAAAUAUUAUGGGACUUUUUUAGGAUUGGCAGCACUUGGAUUGACAACAGGGGCCAUCAAAGGAAAGAAACCAGUGUUAUUUGCCCCUCUUAUACCGCUAGGAAUUGUUGGUGCAUACCAAUAUGAUAUGGCCUAUGGAACCCUAAUUCAAAGGAUGAAAGGUAGUGCCGAGAAUAUUAUUGAAAAUGAAAAUAAUUUACUUGAGUUGCCACAAGGAUUGCCAACUUUUGAGCUGAUUGAAAAAGCCAGAAGAGCACAAAGAAAAUUCUUUGUAGAUAAGUAAGAGGACUUAAAUCCAUCCAAGAAAAUAUAAAACUCAAAGCUUCUUCCUGCCAACUGUUUACACAGUGUUUGGUACUAAUGUAUAUUAUUCCUUAAUGCUGUGGAUGACAGUCAUACUGAAAUACAAUACAAGCAAAUAACAACUACAACUUGAAUUUUGACAAUAAAUAUCAGGGGGUAUUUUUUAUUGCAACAAAAUGAAAGCUGUUAUUUAAAGGUAAUAUUGUGAAUCAUUAUUUAAUAUAAAAUGCUUUCUUUA